GGCUCCUGAGAGUGCUCCACUGAAGAGCAAGAUGAUCUACGCCAGCUCUAAAGAUGCCAUCAAAAAGAAGUUUACAGGUAUCAAGCACGAGUGGCAGGUGAACGGUCUAGAUGAUAUUCAGGACCGCCGGACGCUGGCCGAGAAGCUGGGCGGAAACGUGGUGGUGUCUCUGGAGGGUAAGCCGCUGUGAUGCUGCAGCAGCGAGCCGAGCGGAGUCAAGCCAACCGCCGUGCCAUCAGGACCGAAGCAACCAACCCCACCCGAACACCGUCACUUCACCCAGAAGCUUGCUCUGUCUAUAUCCAUGUCCUGAAGGUGUUAGCGUCUUUAGGCUUCUUUGUUUAUUUUUGUCUUGGUUCUUAUUGCUUUCUUUUUUCCUAAACAUGAAGGAGAUCUCAUUAACAUGAUGAUAUGCAAACACCUCCCAGUUUGUUGUCUUGUGACUUUUGCUCACAUGGCAGAAACAAAACAACACUACCAAACCCCAGGAAGGUUUUCUUUCUCUCUCUCUCUCUCUCUCACACAGCCAGAGUUUUGCCAAAAAGUUGAUAUGAAGGAAGCAGCCACUGUUGUGGGGCGAAAGCGCCACGAAGCACUGCCUCCUGCUGUACACGGGUUGCACUCAUCAAGCUUUUUACAUGAAUAUUUAUUAUUGUAAUCUUUUGUUUCCUCUCCAUUCAACCGGGCAGACACAUUGUUAGUCUAUGCAUAAGAUUAUUGUCCAGCACUUUUUGUUUAAACACUACAGGUUGAAAGUGAAGUUCCUGACGUUAAAUUACUUUUGUUUCCAAGUGAAGAUUUGUUUACCUCAGUUCUCAUUCUCGUUUGGCUGACCAUCAUUAGCUGUUUGCUUGUCGCCUUAUUUCAGUUUGAAUGUAACCGUCACACCAGAGUUGGAGUGCACUUUUGUUUUGUUAAGAACGCACUACAGGAAGCAGGUUUGCCACCCCCACUCCUCCCCCAGCAGUGAGAGAUGACCCCCCACAACAUCAUCAUCAUCUGGAGCCUUAAAGUGAAACAUUGUUUCUGAGAUCACAGGAAGCCACUUUGCAAUAAAAGCCUGUGGCAGACAAAGUGU